AUGGUGCCGACUGCGUCACCGACGACGCCAGCGCCGACUGCUUCAACCCCAGAGCCGACGCCGGGCGGGACUGGCAGGUGCGAAGGGUGGACGUUCGAGAAGAACUGCGGCUGGACGCUGGAGACCAACUGCCCGGGCCAGUCGCCUGGCUCUUCGGGUUGGGCGAGUGACGACGGCGGUCAGGGGUACGAGUGCUGCUGCGGGCAGCAGCUUUGGAAGCAUGCGAACGCGUCACUGGCGCCGUCACCGGUAAGCUCGCCAACUGCGUCACCGACUCAGGGCGGGACUGGCAGGUGCGAAGGGUGGACGUUCGAGAAGAACUGCGGCUGGACGCUGGAGACCAACUGCCCGGGCCAGUCGCCUGGCUCUUCGGGUUGGGCGAGUGACGACGGCGGUCAGGGGUACGAGUUGACGACGGCGGUCAGGGGUACGAGUGCUGCUGCGGGCAGCAGCUUUGGAAGCAUGCGAACGCGUCACUGGCGCCGUCACCGGUAA